AUGGCGAUAUUGCAGCAGGACACCAGCAGAAAUGGUGAUGUUGACAUGCAGAAUGAUUGUAUCAGAGCACCUGAUGAAGAAGAGAUUACAGAAAAUAAAAGCUACAGCUGGGAAGGUUUAGGAAUGAGGGAGGUUCCUAUGACAAUUGUCACAACAGAAGUCCUCAAUUUCAGCUUCAAUGAGCUCCUUUCCCUCCGAGAUUUUGUGAGACAGGCAGCUUUGUUUCCUCAAGGUGUCACAUCAGCUUGGUGUAACUUUCCCAACAACAGACAGCUGAAGGCAGUCAUUCUGGCCAGAAACCUGCUCAUGUUUCUGUCUGACACAGCAUUUGCUGGCCCACGUUCCCUGGAGAACUUAACACAGACAGGAAUAACAAGUAUGUUCUUUACUCCAGUGACAAAUCUUGGCAACUUAGGUAUCUUCAUCUUGGGCAGCAACCACAUCUCUUCACUGCAGCUUCCUCCCAACCUUCUCACACGAAACGUCACACUCGACUUUCAAAUGAACAACAUACAAGCAAUCACAGCAGAAGAUGUCCAAGCCUUGCAGAAGACCAGCAAUGUAACUGUCAUCCUUAAAGGCAAUGACAUUACACACAUUGAAUCUGGAUCUUUUCAGUCACAUUUCUACAGCUUGGACUUAGUGGGCUGUGCUGGCAUCCCUGGGGUCCUGUUAGGAAUGCAGAACUCCACAGCCCAGACCUUUUGGCUGGGAACAUUAUAUGUUGUGGAAAAUGAGCUCUACAUAAGCCCAGAUAUUUUACAAGGCCUCUGUAGUAUCUCUGUCAAGGAUCUCUGUCUGCAGUUAUGGCACUUCAGAAAUAGAAAUGCUGACACAUUUCAGAGCUUAACCAGGCUCCGAAAGUUGGAUCUAACCCAAACCCACAUCCAUGCACUGCUCCCUGGCAUCAGCUUGCAAGAGGAGAUGGUUUUCAAUGCAAACUGCUUUGAGCACCUCUGCAACACCAGCUCUGCUGCCUUCCCCUCCUGCACCCACCUCCACAUCAAGGGUAACUCACAGGUUCUGCAGCCAGGCUCUGGCUAUUUGGGGAAACUGGCAAAGCUUCAACAUCUAGAUUUAAGUCAGAGUCACUUUUAAAGUUGAUGCUCUAGCAAAGCACUGAGAGCUCUGAGCAGACUUUGUCACCUGAAUCUGAACUACAACAAACACCUCCAUCUCCAGGACAUACUCAUUUAGGACAGUGCUAGCCUAGAGCUGCUGGACUUACCCUUCAUUCCUGUCUAUAUCAACACCUUACAGAGUCCUUUCCAAAAUCUGCAUCUGAACAAUCUUUCCUCAUCCCACAGUAAUACUAGCAUUGAGCACAUCUUUCAAGACUUGAAAAACCUCAUGUUCUUGGACCUUAGUCAAAAUAACUUUGAUUUGGGGGUCAUGCCAAAGGACAAACUGUUCCAACAACUAUCCAAUUUAGAGGUGCUAAUAUUAUCAUGCUGUGAACUGACAUCAAUAGGUAACAAGGUAUUUCACAACCUCAGGAAGUUACAACAUGUUGAUCUGAGUUACAACAAAUUUACUACAUUCAGCACAGAUGUGUUUUCAAUUCUCAAGAGUAUCUAUCUAUCUUACUGUGCCCAUAAGAGGAUCCACAUUGUAUCAGGUGACCAGCUAGUGCCCCUAAGCGGCCAGUUUAUAAUCAAUUUAAGCUACAACCCUCUGGACUACACCUGUUCUAAGAUUGAUUUAAUCACCUAGUACAAACAACAUCUGAAUAAAAUUGAAGACCCUGAAGGAACAAGGCACUCUGAAUCCAAAUGGCUAGUUGGGUUUAGCUGGCCACCAUCUCACUUUCCUGUGGGAAGGACACGUCAGGAAUCAUUGCAGUUGUCGCUGUUUUAUCUUGUAGUGCCAUCUUCAUUUGGGGUGCUAUUUCAAGCAAAGUUUACAGCAACUGUAAGUCUAGGAUGGGGACAUAGAAAAUGUCUACAGCAACUGUAUUAA